UUCAGAGAAGACAAACCACCCAUGUGCCRCUGGUGAAGAAGAGAACUUCAUCUCAACAUUUCUGUUAGCUGAACUAAACCUGAGUUUUUUUGAUCAUUUUAGAAACGAGAGCCGACACUAGAACAAUUCAAAAACACCUAAAACGGGAGGAUUGAGCACUUUAAAAAAAUGGCUAAAAUGAAUUUGAGUAUUGUAGCCCUGGGUGUCGUGCUGCUCUUGUUAGAAACAACCGAGGCCCAGAAGCCCAAGAAAAGACUGGUGCCUCCAAAGACCUCCAAGGGUCAGUGCUGCGACGAGGUGCGCUCUCUCAAAGUUCAGGUGGCCAAUCUGACCAGCAUCCUCGAAGAGUUGAGUCGCAAGCAGGAGACAGACCUGAUUAAUGUUGUGAGGCAAGUAAUGGAGCUGGACAAGCAGAAGCAGCAGCUAAAUGCUCGGGUCACAGAGGCAGAGAGCAAGUAUUCAGAGGUCAACAACCGAGUGGAGAUCAUGCAGCUGCAAACUCUACAGUCGGCCACGCAGACUUCGUCACAUGCCAUAUACGACUGUGCAUCACUUUAUGGCAAAAACUACAAAAUCUCUGGCGAGUACAAACUCCCUAAAGAUGAUUUCCUGGGCACACCUGAGAUCAGCAUAUUCUGUGAUAUGGAGACGAACGGCGGUGGUUGGACUCUGAUUCAACGACGCAAGAUUGGCCUGACGUCCUUCAAACAAGACUGGAAGCAGUACAAAACUGGCUUUGGAUCCAUCCGUGGGGACUUCUGGCUGGGCAAUGACAACAUCUACCGCCUAACGAGGCAGCCCAGCACACUCAGGAUUGAGAUGGAGGACUGGGAGGGAGAGACACGCUACGCUGAGUAUGGCUUUUUCACUGUGAAGAAUGAGCUCAACAGUUACAAGCUCUUCCUGGCCAACUAUAGUGGAAAUGCUGGAAACUCAUUGCGCUACCACAACAACACUAACUUCAGCACCAACGACAAGGACAACGACAAAUGUGUGGAUAAUUGUGCUUCCCUACGCAAAGGUGGAUACUGGUACAACUGCUGUACCGACUCCAAUCUGAAUGGUGUUUUUUACCGCUACGGUGAGCACACAAAGAACACAGAUGGGAUCACUUGGUAUGCUUGGCACGGCCCCAACUACUCUCUCAAGAGAGUGGAGAUGAAGGUCCGGCCAAUGAAUUUUCAACCAUAAGUGCUUCAGCUGCUCAUACUGGACCGAGAUUAUACAUAAAAAUAUCAAAAGAUCUAACUAAUAACCUGCUCAACCUAACUGUGGCUUUUCCUUUGACUGCGAAAAGAAAGAAAUGAUUGUUUGUGAUGGUCUGGUAAAUUACAGUCAGAUGAAUGUGUAAUGUUUAGGCCAUGUUUGAUUGUAAAUUGUAGUUGUAUUUGAGUAUUUAUCAGUAAUAAGUUGUGUUUGAUUUCUUUUUUAAGCUUUGACUGAUGCUUGUUUUUAACCACUGACUCAUUUGGGCUACUGGAUUUUUAUUAUUUCUCUCAAUUGUCUUGAAAGCACUAAGAUUAUUUUAACUCGUGAAUUAGAAUCAGUCUAGCCUGGUUCAGAUUUUAUUCAAAAAAAAGUGAUAGGGCACAUUUAAAGAGGUGGUAUUAUGCAAAAAAUAUGUUUAGCUUUAUAUCCUGUUAGAAUGUCAUCCCCUCAUCAGAACCAUAUUCCGAGUGUUGCUUUGAAUCUUUAAAGUAGCCGUUUAAACGCUUGCUGGUACAAAGCUCCGCCAAUUUACACAAAGCUCCACCCCGGAACUCAGUCUGCAGCCGAGCUCCYGCCCCACAGAGCAUGCCUCCCCCGAAGCGUUGUUCGAAAUUGUGCUGAAGUGGGAGUGUCCGAAACGGUAGAGAUUCUURAAGAGACAAGAGGCCAAUUUCACAGCAUUYAUACAACUUUUUCAUAACUGAAGAAAACUUGAGUGUGGUAUAGAAUUGAACCAUGUGCCUGAAAGACAUAAUACAGCCUCUUUAAAAAGAGUCAUUGUGACUAGAUGUGAACUUGACUUGCCACAAAAUGUAUUUCCUGUAACUCAUGCUGCAUUUGAGUCCUUGCAAAACUCUUAAAAUUCAUGAUGGAAAUGUGUAAUUUGUAAAUGUGUACAGCUCUUUAAUUAUGUUUUAUGUGAGAGAAAAUAAAAAUAUUUUUUAAAAGAAA